AGAGAGCCACCUCACGAGAACAGUUAUAAACGCAAUGGCAAUAACAAAAACAGCAAUAAGCAAACAGUCGAUUCGACGUCGCGUCUUCGUCUUCUCCCUCCCCUGCCGUUAUAUAUACCUACCUUCGCAGUAGCAGAGAGCCGCUGGCAGCGCAGCUUUUUAACCUUAGCUCUGCACUCACACUUUUUUUUGUCAGUCAAUCCCACAACCCGCGUGCUGCUUGCUGCUUACACUUUAGCCGGUGCUCGCAUUUUGUUAGAUAUCGAAUAAAUAUUUCUCACAACGCAAAAAACUGAACAAACCCCGAGGAAAAUAACAGCUUUAUUCAUAGCCAGUCCAUACCACACCACAUGUGAUCGUGCCGGCCCAUGUGCAAGCAUUAUUCUGUUAUUGUGUGUCGUGUGUGAGUACGCCAGGCGAGUGAUUGACCCAUUUUGGCACCGCCGGCAGCGAACGACUCUCACGCCCACGCCACGCCAGCGCUAGUCCCGUACUUACGUUAGAGAAAAAUGAGCAGCAUCACGUUUUUGUGCAGCAAGUCGAAUGGCAACAACAAUCACAGCGAUGUCCAAAGGAGAAAACCAGCAUCAGCAUUUACAUCUGCGUCCGCAUCCGUCGCCGUUGCCGCCGCCAGCGGUCUACUAACCAUCGCAGUCCAGCCGCAGCAGCAGUCAAAGGUUAAGGCCGCCGCUGCCGUAGCCAAAACCAAUGGGCACAUCGAUGAUCGUUCCGAUGUGACAGAACCGCUCUACGUCGAUCCCUAUGCGGAUCUGGGCAAUGGGAAUAUCGGCGGCGGGGAUAUUCUAUUCUGCUGCCCGGCCUCGCCCACAACAGUGCCUACCAAGACGGCGCUGGAGUCGCCUAUACGACGUGCUGGGCGGCGCCAGCGCACUACAUCGAUUGGUAAUCAGACAACUACCGCAAAUCCGUCCGAGUGCAUUAUACGGGCCAACAAUCGUACCAUCUAUACAGCCGGUCGUCCGCCAUGGUACAACUGUGCCGGUCAGCAGGUGGAGCCCUUUGUCAUAGGAAUCUGCGGCGGCAGUGCAUCGGGGAAGACAACUGUGGCCGAGAAAAUCAUAGAGAGCCUUGAUGUGCCCUGGGUAACUUUGUUGUCCAUGGACUGUUUCUACAAGAUCCUGAAUGAGAAGCAGCACGAGCAAGCUCUGAUCAACGAGUACAACUUUGAUCAUCCGGAUGCCUUUGACAUCGAGUUGCUGAUCGAUGUGCUCACGAAGCUGAAGGAGGGCCGCAAGGUGGAGGUCCCGGUAUAUAACUUUGUCACCCAUUGCCGUGAGACCCAUACGAAGACCAUGUACGGCGCCAAUGUCAUCAUAUUCGAGGGCAUUCUCACCUUCCACAGUCCUGAGGUCCUCAGGCUGUUGGACAUGAAGAUAUUCGUGGACACAGAUCCGGAUAUACGUCUGGCCAGGCGCCUGAAGCGCGACAUUUCACAACGUGGACGCGACCUGAGGGGUGUGCUCAAGCAAUACCUGAACAUGGUGAAGCCUUCGUAUGCCAAUUAUAUAGCCCCAACCAUGGCCCAUGCGGAUAUCAUCGUGCCACGAGGCGGCGAGAACAAAGUCGCCAUCCAUCUCAUUGUACAGCACGUGCACACCCAGCUGCAACUGCGCGGGUUCAAGCUGCGCGAGACGCUGGCCAACUGGCCAACGUACAAGGACCAGCCAAUGCCACAUUCUCUGCAUUUACUGGACCCCACGCCCCAAAUCAAGGGCCUACACACGUUUAUCCGUUGCCGGAAUACGUCCAGAGAUGAGUUCAUCUUUUAUUCAAAGCGCCUUAUUCGCCUGGUCAUCGAGUAUGCCUUGAGCCUGUUUCCCUUCAAGAUGACCACUGUGGAGACACCGCAGGGAGUGCUAUACGAAGGCAAGCGCAUGGCCUCUCGAAAGAUCUGCGGCGUUUCCAUAUUGCGUGCCGGCGAGACCAUGGAGCAGGCCGUCUGUGAUGUGUGCAAGGACAUACGUAUUGGGAAAAUCCUCAUACAGACCAAUCUUAAGACCGGGGAGCCAGAGCUUUACUACCUGAGGCUGCCCAAAGACAUAAAAGACUACAAGGUGAUACUAAUGGAUGCCACCGUUGCCACUGGGGCUGCGGCCAUGAUGGCAAUUCGUGUCCUCCUAGAUCACGAUGUGCCCGAAGAUAACAUCAUUCUGGUCUCGCUGCUGAUGGCCGAAAUCGGUGUACACUCCAUUGCAUAUGCCUUUCCUAAGGUUAAAAUCGUUACUUCCGCUCUAGAUCCGGAGAUUAAUAGUAAGUUUUAUGUAAUACCCGGCAUUGGUAACUUUGGCGAUCGCUACUUCGGCACGGAGCCCUCGGACGACUACUAGAGAGAAGGCCACUCGACUACUGUGGACAAGCAACAAGUUUCUAAUGUAUCCUAGGCUAAGUUGAAAGCGUUACUUAAAUUAUGAAUUCGUAA